AUGCCUUGCAUCGAUCAGCCGAUGGCUUGUGUUGCUAUCAAAGAAACGCAAGAGAGUCAGACGAAAGAGCAUCUUAAAGCGCUGAUCGAAGAUGUCUUGAAUGAUUAUAAUGUGAAUCUCAAUAAAGUCUAUUCAAUCACUUAUGAUAAUGGGGCCAAUAUGGUGGCUUCAGUAAACGAAAUAAAGAAGAUCUUCGAGGCAGCUGAGAUUAAAACGUAUGAUUCAUGUUUCAAUGAAGUCGAUCAAGUAGAAGAAAACACCUUUCAUUAUGAAGAACAACCAGACGAUGAAAAUAUAUUUGUAAGUUCGAUUUUCGACGAGGAAGAAAAUUUAGAAGAUGAUGAUGAUGUGUAUGAUGAUUUUUCAAAUGGCAGGGAUGGUGAAACGACAACACCAGAGGCAACUACUAUGCCUGACGACAAUUUUGACGUAACAAUGGUGAAGAUUUUAGACAGUAUACGAUGCGCUGCUCACACAGCGCAACUUGCUGUUUGGGACGUUGUAAAACCAUACGGGAAACGCAUUUUCAAUAUUCAGAAACUAGUAGUGAAAUUGCGCCAACAAAAGUACUACAAAUUUAUCAAACUGCACGAAGCUCAUUUACCUCCACUUAGCAACAAAACACGUUGGAAUAGCACCUUCGCAAUGCUGAAGUCGCUAUUGACGCAGAAACCAUUUUUCGGUUUGAUCAAAAAAACUUAUCCAGAAAUUGAUUUCACUACGCACUGGAAGUUUAUAGAGAAAUUUUGUGAAGCAUUUGUUGCACCAUUUGUGCUCACACUCCAAUUGCAAAAACAUCACGUAGCUCUGAGUGAAUUUUAUGCUUGUUGGCUCUUAUGCCAGGCUAAAUUAACAAAAUUGGUUAAUAACUCACUGGCCCAAAAACUUUUAAAAGCAUUUCGACGACGUUUGGAAAAGAUAACCGCUAGCAUGCAGUUUAAAGCGUGUUUAUAUUUGGAUCCUCGUUUCAAUUUUCUAGGAUCAAAAAGAAUUUCUUCAUUGGAUAAAGAACUCAUUCAAGAAUUUCUUAUAAAAAUACAUCGACGUGUUGAUGGAGUAGUCGAUGAGUUCACCACACUGAAUGACACUGAAGAUGAACUAGAAAAAAUUCUAUCGGAUUUUUUCAACGAAGAUCCGUCAAUUAACACGAACGUGACAAACAAUAUGUCCUUUAUUCAAAAACUUAAAAAAUUAGAAAUGAGAGAUAAGACAUCAAUUAUCGAUACUAUAAAUUCAGGACCAUCUAAAAGUAAGGACAAAAAAAACCACCUCGAUCUACUUAAAUACUGGGAAGUUCAAAAAUAUACCAACCCAGAUCUCUACAAAAUUGCGAUGAUCGUUUUAUCAAGCUCAGCUACACAAGUAUCCGUAGAACGCGGUUUCAGUGCUCUGAAACUGAUGCUUUCGGAUAGAAGGAUGAAUUUGUCAGCCGAAUCAGUUGCCAAUUCGCUUUUGCUGAAGCUUAACCCGGAUCUUCUGCCUCAAAUAACACAAGCUAUGAGCGAGGAAGAUGGAUAAAAAUACGCUUCAAUUAUACUAGUAUGAAGUAAUAAACACCAUUCUUAACUUUCGAACCUAUUUAUCCAAAAUUUUACUUUUAUUAAAAUAACAAGAUAUCCUACAUCAAAUUUGAUUACAGUUAGACCAACCCAAUCUAAUAUGUGAUUAAUUUACUCAAAGGUUCUUAAAUAUGUUGCACAAUGGUUUCUCAUACAAUAGCCCUUUACAUAUUUACAACUAUGAGCCAUUAUCAGUGGCUUCAA